AUUGCGGAAAUAACCGGAAGCAGCAUGGAAAACAGAAAGACUGAUUUACUUGUUAAAAAAAUAAGGAAUAAAGCUAAGCUUAUUCUCAAAGACUGCAAACAUGCUAACCUUAUUCUUGAUUUACUUAAGUAUUCACAGGUAAUGCAACUUAUUAUAAAUGAAUUAAAUCGGUGUGUUUGAAAACUAAUGACCAAAAAAAUAAUGUAAUUAUUCAUAAUUGAUGUGCAGGUGCACUCCUGUUCUUCGUCUACGCCUUAAAUGACAAAUACUAAUAGUAUUGUAGUAAUACUAUUACUAAUAAUUAUUAUAAAUAUAAACAAUAUUCUCUAUCUAUGGUCUAAAAAUCAGUAAAGAGUUCCCGUCGUCAGCCAGUUGUCAAUAUCAAAUGUUGGUAAUCUUGCAAUUCAGGUGCGUAAAUUAUUUCUGAUAGAAUUUUGUAUUAAGUUAUUAACGCGUGUAAACUUACGUUAGAUUCUUCAAUAAGAUCCGGGAAGUGCCAAAAACCGGGUACCGUGAUUUCAUUGUAAUGUAAUUUUUGUGCAGAAUGCCCUGACAUUGUCAUAAGCCAUGCAACACUCAGCUAACCCUGGCCUUGUAACUUCUUUUUGAGUACAUUCAGCUCCUGUGUAAUGUCAACAAGAAAAGUCAAGUCCAUGAGCCAUUUGGGAUCACUUAGUGCAGGAAUAACCACUACACCCGGUUAAUGGUCAUUGGAGAUGCCACUAUUUUCUCAAUGGCCGCCAUCUUGGUUGACACCUCACGUGAAGUCAGAUUGCACAAAUAAUAUCCAGAUAAUGAAUGAAGCACAAGAACCGGCAAGCCCGGCCAAAAUGUAGGCAAUAUGGCAUCACAAAUAAAAUAUGCAAAUUAGCCAACCAAUCAUAAUUUAUAAUUAUAAUUAAUCAACCAAUUAAAAUUUUAUACAAAAACGGGACAUCAGCGUACGAAUACUAAGACAUAACAAAAUAAUUCUCUAAAAUAAACAAAGGGAAGUGGCUCUACCGAAAAUACGUCGUGGCAUCUCGAAUGAUCAUAAGCCCUACAUCCUUCUCCAUGAAGGCUUCAGAUGCUAAAACGUGGUCAAACAGUAGGCAGGAGCAGACAAUGUUAUUCAAUAUUUAUGAAUUAUUGCUGCGAAGGAAGAUUCUAUUGUAGGGAGAAUGAAUUUUAAUUUUUUUAUCGUCAAAUAUGCCUUUUGACUAACUCUAUUUGGAAAGUUACCAAGCUGACAGACUCGUAAUUUCACUCACUCGUAAACACUAGCUGCAGUUUUAAUAGGGAUUCUUUAAUGCUGUGUCAGAUUGCUGCUACGAUUUACACAAUUAUGGUUGUGCAUUACCCACUAACUGACUUUUUAAACUUUUCCCAAAACAACACUUUGGCCACGUUUGUCUCAUAAAACGCUAUAAAAUAAAAACUUUCCGUGCGUUUUUAAAACAGGGUUUACCAUUAUAAUCAACGUCCAAACCUAUAGCCUAUAGAAACAUAAAUAAAAUCAUAAUUGGACUAGUCUGUGAGAUUCGACUGAGACCGUCGCGAAGGGAUAUGAGAAUGGGGAAAACGUGCGGCUCACAUUAACACUAAAUUUUGCUUUCACGUAGCCGGCCCCAAAAUAUUGUCAGCAAAUGGCCAGCGGGCUGCAAGUUUGAGACCCCUGUUCUUAAAUCUUAAAAUAAAAUUAAAAAUGUAAAUAUUCACUUAACUUUCUUAUUGAAAUAUCUGUCAAGGUCAUGAAAUCAUCAGGUAGUCUGUGUUUUGAAUUGAUGACGAAUGGGUUUAGUGAGUGAGGGUGAAUGUUUUUAUAUCACGGGCGAGUGCAAGUUUGAGGCAAGAGUAAGUUCGAGACCCAUGUUCUUAAAUCUUAAAAUAAAAUUAAAAAUUUAAAUAUUCACUUACCUUUGUUAUUGAAAUAUCUGUCAAGGUCAAUGUUCCCUUUAGGCUGCGCGGCCACGCAGCAAUCUCACAGAUGCCGCGCAGCAGUUUUGAGUAUCGCGCAGCCAAUUUCCAUUUAAGUGUCUUCCAUUUAAGUGUCUGUAGGCUGAAAAUUUUGCGCACAAAAAAUUUGAUGUUGUAAUUUGCACAACUUUAUGAUUUUGCACAUGAACCAACAAACCUUAGAGGGAACAUUGGUCAAGGUCAUGAAAUCAUCACAUAGUCUGUGUGUUUUGAAUUGAUGAGGAAUGGUGUUCGUGAUCGAGGGUGAGCGUUUUUCAUAUCACGGGUGAGUGCAAGUUUGAGUCACAAGUGAAUGGUCAGCAGGCCGCAAGUUUGAGACCCCUGUUCUUAAAUCUUAAAAUAAAAUAAAAAAUUGAAAUAUGCACUUAACUUUGAUAUUAAAAUAUAUCCUUUAUUUCCUCACAAAUCGCAAUGUUCUACAAGAAACAUAUAUAAUAUAAUCCUCAGUAUUCAAGAAGUACACACAUUAUGCUACAGUAAUCCAAGAAUUAAAGAAUUUCUCAAGAUAUUACUAAAGAACAAUCAUAAAAGCUUGUACUUACCUCAAGCAAAUGACUAGAACUUAUUUUAAUUUUUAUCAACAGCCAGAGUUGUUACAUGUUGAUUUAUGAAACAAAAUUACUAACUUAAAAUAAAGAAUAAACUUUUUUUUUGGUCAUAUUCAAAUGGGACUAAAGUACAUACCGGUAUAUAGAAAAUGGUGAAGUAAAAACUAUAUUUGUUAAUUUCAGAUACAUGAAUCAAAUAAUCUCUGUAUUAUUGGUUUAUACUUAUAAAUGUUAAACAAUUCCAUAGAAAAUUUGAAAUUAAUACCUAAAGAAUAUUGUUAUUAUUAUAAAAUGAAGGGAAUUUAAAAAAUAUAUAUUUUAAAAAGAUUAAUUAAUUAAAUACAAAUAAGUGACUAUAUUUAUAACUUUUGAACUACUUGAGCCCCCAAUGUUACACAGACGAUAGCGUAAACGAUCUCUCCAUUUUCUUGUUGUUUUUUUUUAAAUUCACCCUACAUGCCAGAUUGCAAUUUUUCAACUGAAAGCAUAUUCACAAUAAACGAAACAAUAGAUUAGAUUUAUAAUAAAUUAUACCAAAAUUAUUUAUUGAUACUUAAUUUUUCAAACUAAAAGCAUGUUUACAAAAUAAAUUUAUAUAAAAUUGGCUAGUUUUAGGAAAAAUUAAAAUUAUGAGUUCAUUUACCUUCAGUAUCGGUUUUUGAAUAUGCAUAAUCAAGUGUAUGUGUACUAAGUUUGAUCUCGUUCCAUUCACCCAUGCCCAUGCAGGAGCCUUUGUUUGGAAUUAUAUUUAUACACCCCAUAUAAGAAAAAAAAGAAUUUUGGAGCCCUAUAAACUAACGGAAUAUUAAUUAAGUUCAACACACACCACCACCACCACCCCCCCCCCCCCCCUUCCAGUAUUUCAUUCUUUUUGUGAACAUGCCCACGCCCGCAAUUUGAAAAUUUUGUUUAGCAUACCAACUUAUUGGUGAUAAAAAAUCUGGCUACAGGGUGAAAAAAAUUCUAAACAAAUGGAGCUAUGGAAGGUUGGGGGAUGUUCAAAGAUGCCUUAGAAAUAAAAUAAAACAAAAAUAAGGGCUGCAUAAUUCAGUAUUAGUUAACUGCCUGGAUUUAAUUGAAUGAAGAAUAUAUGUAAGUUUACAUGUGAUAAUACAAAAUUCGAUCAGAAAUAGUAUACGCACGAACUGCAAGAUUACCCAAAUGUUCAUGUACAUUUACAUUAAAAACAGGCCUACGGUAUAUAAGAAUUUUAAUGUAAUGAGGUUGAAUUAUUGGUAAAUGCAAAGAAGACGUGCCAUGUUUUUUCCCAUUGCUGCCAUCUUGGUUGCCAUGCCCCGCUAACUUUUAUGGGUUAACAGGUCGUGGGGGCCUGUAAAAAUAAAUUAACUCGUCUGCUAAAAUAAGAAAUAAAACGUGUUAAAAUUUAAUGAAAAAAAAUUUCCCUAAAUGUAUCCCUAAACCUAGCCUAAAUGUAUCCCUAAACCUAACCUGAAGCCUAAAUGUAUCCCUAACCUGAACCCAAAUGUAUCCCUAACCUGAACCCAAAUGUAUCCCUAACCUGAACCCUAAAUCUAGCCAUAAAGCCUCAAGUAAAAAACAUGUAUGCGGCUGCAGUUGCACACUGGCAAGAAAACUUUAAAAAAUGAAGAAAAACAAUAAAAAAACAAUUGUUAAAAAAAAAAAAUAUUGAAAGCCCAAGUUACUGUUUCAUAGAAUACACUUUUACUUACACACUUUAUUUCAGGUUCCACUGGAAAGAAUUUCCAGAAAAUUAAUAAAAUACAAUGCCGUCAAUGUCAAUCCAUUUUCUAAUAUGGCGGAAAAAUUAAAAUAUUAUAAUUACCCAACCAAUGAAAUGUUAAAAUUAUAAUUAUUCACCAAAAAAAAGUUAAUACAAAACAUGUCAUUAAGGAAAAUUUAACUCUAGUAACAAAAAACAAAGGGAGUGAAUCCAUAACAGAAACUUUACAAAAACACAUAAAUGACAUCAUGGCAUGUCUUCUUUGCAUUGGCCAAAUUGUUAUUAUUUUUGGAUGUGUGAGGGAUUUUUUAGCUAGUGAAAAAUACAUGGAUGGAGUUAAAUGACUAGAGUCCAAAGUACCUUAUAGAGGCCAUCCUUAACUGAAGUCACGUAUCAUGGGUUGGCUUGGUCACAAAUAUUUGCCUAGAGUGUCUAAAUUUUCAGUGACAAAUUUGGGAGCGGGGUAGUAAUAAAUAUUGGCCAAAAUAGUGUGCCAUCCUUUAUGUAUAGCUCCUAGCCCCUUGUCUUAUCUCAUCUUGAUAAAAUUUGACUUCAUAGUAGACUCUAAUCUUAAUAAAGAACACAGACAAUAGUCAAAUUAACACAAUUUUUACUUCCAGUAAAUAUAUAACUCAGGUCCAGUGUCGUCGUCUUCCCCCCCCCCCCUUUCUUAUUUUAAUGAAGCUUUCAAGUUUUGUGAGUGUUAUUAGGAUUGCAAUGAAAUUAAAACUGUUCCAAAUCUCUAUCCUCAGCACAAAAGCAAUGAGAUUGCAUGCAUCAGUAUUCAAUGCUUGGGUGAUGUUUUCUCAUACUUUAUUUCCACACAACAAUAUUUGGAUCCUGGAAAAACUACACUAGCUGAAAAAGGUUGGAAAUCUAUGGUCAAGCCUUUUAUUUAUUAAAUGUCGCUUGUACUAUCAAUUUUUCUAGGUCAUUGUGCCCAUUUAUAAUAUUAUGAAAUAUAAAUAUUAUUAUUAUGAUUUGGCCGUCUUUACCUUUUAUCACCACUCUAUUUGAUUCUAAAAUGACAUACUAAAAUUUUCAAAAUAAUCAUAUAAUCCAUCAUAUUUAUUCUGAUUAUUGAUAUUACUUCUGUGAUAUCCUACAAUCUUAGAUUUAAGCAAAGAAAAUCAGUUUUCAUAUUGGUUGAGAGAACAAUUCAGCACAACAACAGCUAUUCUCAGUGAUCAUUUGUCCCAUGAAUCAAGCGAUGUUCAGGUGAGAAUAUUUUGAUUUUAUCAAUAUCAUUCAAAUCUGGGUAAUUUGCUUUUUUAGAUUACUCCAGAUCUUCAGCACCCCAGCUUGUAUAUUAUAGCUCGAGCAAAGUUUCUUAUGACAUUGAGACUGACUCUAAUUAACUGUUAGUUUUUAACAAUGUUGUUAACAAAUUACUUACUUCGUAUCAAAUUUCUUUUUGGACGCAUUAUUUUGUUUUACUAUAUAGUAUAGUGAGUUCAAAAAGAAAUGUAAUGAAAAUUGUAACGAGUGAACUAAAAAAAUAAGAUUUGACCAAAUUUCCGUCUAUCAAUUUUCCGUCAACAAAAUUUCUUUCAAACAAAUUUCCGGUAACCAACUUACUUGUGUUUACUGUUUAAAAUUUUAUUGUGUGAUUUAGGUGCUUUUAACUAUAGUUCUUAGUGUUUUGCAAAUUUGUAAAAUUGUUUUUAAGAGAAAAAGCACUAGUGUACGUCUAAGAAAAAAUUCUCUUCAAGGCAAACAUUUUUUACGGAUGAAAUAGGAAAGUUUAUACUGGAAAAAAAAAUAAUAAAGGGCCUCCCCUCACCUUGUAUUUUUUGCAUGUUUUGUAAUUUUUCAUUGAGAUAACAGGAACAUUCAGAAAUUGUGUGAUUUAUCCUUCUUGGAUUCUUUUUAUCUGCCCUAGAUAUUAAUUUUGUUGUGAUUUGUGUAACUCUUCAGAAAUAUACAUUAGAAGCAAUGGUUAAGCUGCUUCGGGCAGAAGGAGAGCAAAAGUCAAAUGCAGCUAAAGGAAAGUUGAUAGAGGUAGUAUUUUGUAGUUUAAUUUUUUUUAACUGAACAAUUUAUCAGUCAGAGAGGGGGUGAGAAUAAAUAUUCAUUUGUAGUCUUACACAGUUUUGUUCAGUGUGCUUUUUUUACCCUUCACGCCGCUGUAUUUUUAAUGUGUACUUUUGGAAGUGGGUAACAUCAAUAAGACUUAAUCUCAAUAUAUGGUUCAACAUCAAUAAGACUUAAUCUCAGUAUUUGGUUCAACAUCAAUAAGAAUUAAUCUCAACAUGUGGUUCAUUGUCAAUAAGAAUUAAUCUCAGUAUAUAAUGGUUCAACAUCAAUAAUAAUUAAUCUCAAUGUAUGGUUUAACAUCAAUAAGAAUUAAUCUCAAUAUAUGGUUCAACAUCAAUAAGAAUUAAUCUCAAUGUAUGGUUCAAAAUCAAUUAGAAUUAAUCUCAAUAUGUGGUCCAACAUCAAUAAGAAUUAAUCUCAAUAUGUGGUUCAACAUCGAAAAGAAUUAAUCUCAUUGUUUGGUUACCUGUGAAUUAGUUGCAUGAUGGAAUUUGUAAAUAUGACUCCUCUUAUGUUUUUUAUCAGAUCAUUGUGGCCCACCUACUUAGUAAGGACCGAGAUCAAGCACAGUUGAUACAACAGUUCCAUGUAGACCAUGAAGAGAAUGAAUCUAAUUCAGACACUAUCCUUUUAUGCCUGAUGCUUACCAGGAGAAAAAUUAAAUCAGCUGAAAAUGUGAGCCUCAUAUUUAAUUCAGCCUCCAGUGUUUGAGGUUAACUUAUGUAGAGUGUUUUAUUAACUUUCAAGUGCUCAUUCAUAGUACUUAAUUUAUUUACUGUUAAGUUGAAAUAUGUCAGCUGAAAUCUACACUGUUGCUUCAUGUCUGGGGUAAAGCUCCAACCUUACUUCAUUUCUUUUUUUAAUAUACUGCAUUUUAAUUUUAAGAUUUUAUUUUCAGAUUGAGCUCCCUUCAGAUGUGUUCAUGUACAACUGUUGGAGAAUGAUACAGCAAGUAGCAUCUCAUGAUCUUGGUAACUAUUGGUUUACAUUUGGUCUCUUUGAUUGGGGUCUCUCAGGGCUCACUUUUCUGGUGCAUAAUGGAGUAGUCCUAAAGCUUUGAUACUCUUUUAGUAUUAAUUGUAUAGCCAAAUGUAAAGAUUAAUAUUGAAAUCUCGUCACAUUGGCAUCUAUCAAGUUUUAUAAGUAUUGUUUUAAUGCUGUUAUAUUGCAGAUGUAAUCAGUAAAUGUGAAAUUUAGCCUACAUUGGAAAUAAUGAAAUGAAUUUUCUUAAAUAUUGGCCUUCAUUUUAAUACAAAUGUAACAGGCAUGAUUCUGAAACCAUGCACGUUAUUCUGCUCACAACAAAGAAUUUAUUUUUAAUUUAGUGUUGUUAUUUCUUACAGAUACCCAGUCUAGACGACUGUUGACAGGUGUUGUGUGUGAUUUCCUUAUAAACAAGGUAUUGUCAAUUAAUUUAUUUUGGGGGAAAGGAGUUGGUUGCAUACUAUGACUUAUUUAAGGAUUUAACUCUUUCAAUGUGGAACAACGCACAGUUUAUUCAUCAGCCGUUCUCAAAAGCACGGACCAAUGCGCCGUGUGUUGUUUCAAUAUCAUGUUUGUUUCUUUGCUAUUUCUCAGUUAAACUUUAAAGAGCCAUUUUUAAAUACGACUUUUACAUAGAAGAGUGGUACUUCAUUGCUUAUAAGUGAAGCCAGGGUUAAUUUAUUGUCAUAUGAAGCAUUUAAUGAUUUUCUUCGCUUUUUUUUUUCUUCUGUUGCUUUGGCUACUCUAGGCCCUAGUAGGUGAGUAAGGUUCCAAAACGAUUAACAGCUCUAAAAGCUUUGGAGUUGUUUUAUACUAUUUCUUUUGAUAGUGAAAAUGAUUUAUAAUUAGAUCCAUCGCAUGAUUCCGAUAGUACUACUAUGAGUAAUAGUAGUAGUUUUAGAGGAUUUGAGUUAUAGAUUUGAAGAUGAGGUAUGCGAACUUCAUAGGGUUUGGGGAAAAAAUCGUUAAGCAUAAAAUGGUUCUUUUCUGUAACUUAUUUUAUUUAAACUGAAGAAAUAAGUUAACAAGGAUAUAUUUCUUUCAAUUAUCUUUCAUUUGAUACCAAUGUUAGUCUUAUAAACUACUCUCACGCUUUUUCGAUCUUCGAAAAAAAUGUACAUUUUUUCGAUUCAAAAAUUCCACAGCGAAAGAGUUAAUAUAAAUAACUACUAAUUAUAAAAAAAUAUAGCUAAUCAAAAAUAAAGUUCAUGUCAUGAAUAUUUCUGCUUGCUUCAUUCCUUAGAUCCCCACAGGGUUGUACAGAGAAAUUCUGACUGGUAUCUCUACAGUCAUGGAUAAAAUGUCCACACCACUUAGACUUACAGACUUUCUCUCAGAAUCUUUCAAUAUAGGUGAGAAAUAAUAUAACAACAGGUUAGAGGUAAUAGAGGGGGGAGGGGGGGAUGUUAAGUAUGACUUUUUUUUAAAAUCAGUAUUAUCCUGUUUUUUUUCUUCUUCUUAACCAUUAAUUAUAUUCAGUAAUAUUCAGCUGGCCUUAAGUGAUUAAAAAUUGUUCCUUAAAUACAGGCAGCCUUUUCACAGUAUUACACCACACCAUCAAAUGAAUUAAAAAUAAAUAUAUUAUAUUGUGUGUUGCAUUUGAUAGUGCUGGACUAACACUGUCUUUUCCCAACAGGUGGCGCUGUCAGUUUGAUGAGUCUACAUGGCCUCUUUAUUCUCAUGCACAAGUACAAUCUGUGAGUCACAACAAUACUUGAACUUGUAUUUUAUUAAUGCUCAUUUUUUAGUGUUUUUGCUGUAAAGAAAAAGUAUAACAUCUUCUGGGGUUAACUGACCUUUUAAAAAAAUGAUUGAAAUCUUUUGUACUUUCCAAAUUAGUAUUUUUUUAAAAGUAUACCUUUUUACUUACAUUUUGUGACAUAUAAUUCAAGUAUUUGAUCAAAUGUGAACUGUUUUAGUAAGGUGUAGCAUCCCAGGAAAUAUUAUAUUAGAAAAGAUAGAUUAGGGAAAAUUCCCAACCAUUUUUUCUUUGCAUCAAAAUCUUGCCACACAUUUGCGAACAUAUCAAAACAUAGAGAUGUUUGAAAAAUGUUGCAUUAUAGUAAAAUAAUUGAUCAGUCCUAAUUCACCUAUCUCUAUUUUUUCCAAACACAAUGUUUUGUAUGAAUGUUUAAUUUUUCUAUACUUUCAGUGACUACCCAGACUUCUAUGCCAAGUUGUAUUCUAUGUUUGAGCCACAAAUUUUCAGUGCCAAGUACAGAGCUAGAUUCUUUCAUUUGGCCAAUACAUUUCUUUCAUCAACGUAGGUGCUUCAAAUCAUUACUCAAGAUUUUUAAAUCUUUUUUUUUUCUCUUUUUUAACGUCAUAUUUAAGAGCUUCUUUACCAUGCAGUGUUGUUUUUUAAUCUCAAAUAAGUUAGAUAAUUUUUUUAAAGACUUGUUCUAAUGGGACUUGUUCUAACGUUAAUCAAAAGUCACUUUUUUAUUCCAGUCACCUUCCAUCUUAUUUAGUAGCAGCGUUUGCCAAACGUCUGGCCAGACUAUGUUUACACGCCCCAGCUUCUGCAGCCCACAUAUGUGUGCCUUUCAUAUUCAAUCUAGUUGCCCGACACCCAGCACUGGAGGUCAUGCUUGGCGUCGGCAGAACAGAUGGAACUAAAGGUAAUUUACAGGCACAAAAAAAAAAUGGUUCGAACUAGCUUAUAUGGAUCCGUCAGAUCAGCUACUAUCUCACAGUUAGCGCAACAAAAACACUAGUCUGUGCUCUUAUCUUGACUAUUGUAACUCUCUUCUGUCAGGUUCACCAAAAUAUUUCAUAGAAAAACUGCAGAAAUUUCAAAACUCAGCUGCUAGGUUAGUUCUAAAGGCAAAGAAACGUGAUCACUCCACUACUUCACUCACUUCAUUGGCUCUCUAUACAGGCACACUUUGAUUAGUUCUCUGUCACAACUUUAUCUCUGGCUCCUGCAUUCACCCCUUCGAAAGCUUUGUUCCUCCGCAGACCUGCAUAUUCUUUCUUUUCCCAGAACAGGCACUAAAACUUAUGGUGAACGAUCUUUAUCUUUCUGUGCCCCAAAACAAUGGAAUUCUCUUCCAUUACACAUGUGUCGAUGGCUAGACAGAGGUAGAUAGUACUUAGGUGGGUGAUGUCAAGCUUUUCACAAAUUGUUGAUUUUAAAUGUAUACGUUUCUGUAACUGUCAUUGCUAAUUUUUAUGUGAAGCGCAGUGAGCCUAGCCUUGGGCUGGGAUAGUGUGCACUAUAUAAAACCACCUAAUAAUAACAUGGAUGUAGUAUGGGUUUAUAUUUAAUUUUAUAUUUUCUAACAUUAAAACUAACUAGAUUUUUUGUUGUAUAUAUUCCGCCUUGUUUUUCAAUAUUUCUAUACUAUAAAUUCUCAAUUUUCUACAAAUGGAAAUACAGAUAAUUUACUUUCAUCUCAAUUAAAAUGGUUUGAUUGGAAACUUAACUUUUCUUGAAAUUAAUUUCCAGAGUUUGAAACAGAUCCGUUCCUAUCUGAAGAAGUGAAUCUUGCCAAAUGUAAAGCUAUUGAAAGUUGUUUGUGGGAACUGGAGGUUUGUUUUUUACUGUGUGCUUAGUUUGACCUACCUGUUUACUCUUAAGAUUUUGACGUCCGAUGUACAAUUUUGAGAUGUCUUUUACGAUUGUACGCUAAACCCGCCAGAACUACGAUGUUAAGGGACCGGGUUGAAAAUAUACAUUCUGGUAUUUUUUUCUGAUUAAAAAAAUAAUAAUAAUUAAAAAGUACAAUUUUGGUUGUUAUUGUUAGUGCUAACUUACAUUUGCAUUCACAUCCAGCAGUGAAUACAAUUGGUUAGAUACCUUCUAUAAUUAUAUUACAUUUGCCCUGAUAGGCAAAAGGGAGUGGUGUUAUGUAUGGGGGAUGGGUCUAAGGCUAAAUAUUUAAAUCUAUACUGUCAACUUCACCACAUUUUCAUAAUGAUAGUUGUGUGUUUUUUCCUCAGCAGAAAGUACAUGCGUUAUUAAAAAAAUUCUACAAUAUUCAUUCCGAAACUCGAGAAGUCCUCGAAUGCUGUAAAAUACCACCCAAUAUUUAGUAGGAAUUAUCUUCAUGAUGUUGCCAUGUAAUUUGACAAAUGAACUCGCUAGCUAUUCUCAGAUAGUAAUAGUACUCAGUAGUAGAGAUAUUAUAGUAAUAUUUAUUCCACCAUAUGUUCAACAUGCAUGUAAUGUAUAUUUGGGCUACGUUUCCCCGGCACCUAUGUCCAAUUGAUGUUUUCACCUGACUCCUUGUGUGACAUUCUAACAUGUACUCUUCCAAGUAGCGAAUACAUUUUUAAAAACAAUUAUAUAUAUAUAAAGGGGGAGGUUUGAGUAAAUCAUGCUACUUCCCCAAAGGCUCGAAGCGCUGUAUAAAGUCAACUAUCUUAAAAGAGAAAUGAAACAAUCUAUAUUUUAGCACAUUGAAAUACAAAACGCAACAUUAAAAAAACUACAUACGAGCAUACCCAUGCUAAGUCUUUCAUACCUUGCAACCAUAAACAACACAAGCCAAUCUAGGAGAUUAUAGCUAGCUGGAAAAGAUGGUAGACAACAUCACCCCAGCAGGUGUUUGCCAAAUAGAUAUGUUUUCAAAUCGGUUUUGAAGGACUCCAGUGUCUGGCUGUUUCUGAGAGCGACAGGAAGGGUGUUCCAAAUGCGAAAGUGCGCCUUUUGUAAGUCUCAAGGCGAACAUGUGGUAUCGAGAGUUUGCCACUAUCGGAUGAGCGGAGUUGUCCAGUGGGUACAUAAGGCGUCAUGAGCGCUUUGAGAUAGGAUGUCGCUGGGUCAUGCAAGCAGCGGUAGCACAGGGUUGCAAUUUUGUACUCUAUGCGAGCACGGACAGGUAGCCAAUGCAACCCUCUCAGAAGUGUUUUAGCAUGGUCGAAUUUGCGUUUGCGAAGAAAAAUGGGACCCGCAUUAUUCUGUGCUUUUUGAAUUUUAUCCAGGAGCGUAGCUGGAAGACUCGCCAUGAGGGCAAUGCAGUAGUCCAUGCGUGAUAGCACGAAUGCAGACAUCUGCCACUUUGAUGCAUCAAACGUUAAGAAAGGUCUGAUAUGACUAAUUCUGCCCAGCUCUAGAAAAAUCGCCUUGCAAAGCAUGUUAAUGUCAUUUUCCAUAGUUAGUGUUCUGUCUAAGUAGACACCCAGGUUUGCACUGUUUGAGCAAACUCAAUCUGCACACCUGAGAGAGUAAGGGAUGGUGUGUUAUUUACAGAUUUUAGCUUUUGGGCGGUAGCAAUGGGGAUCAGCUUGGUCUUUUCAUAGUUCAAUUUGAGCUUGUUUUUGGUCCUCCAGUGCUUAACUAACUCCACGGUCUUCUGUGUCAUACUAAGAAGCUCAAGGAACUGAGAGGGUAUCACGGAUUGCUGAAGUUGGGUAUCAUCCGUGAACAUGUGAUAUAGCAUUACAAACUGCUUGAUCACUGCACCCAGGGGUUGAACUUACAUAGUGAAAAGCACCAGGCCUAGGACCGAGCCCUGGGGUUCUCCGAAUUCGAUAAUAGAUUGCUUCGAGGUCAAGCCGUUUGCGAUAACUGAUUGGACCUGAUUUGUCAGAUACAAGCGGAACCAUCUCUGGACGGUAUCUUAGAUACUAUAUUGUACAAUUUUGAGAUGAUAUUGCACGAUUUUAGGAGUUUGGGUGUAAACAGGUAUGGUUUGAUAAUAAUAUAAAAGCACCUCUUGAAAUAAACAUUUUAGUGUUAAAGCAGAAAUGUGUUAGGGUGAUGGAAUUGUUAUAUUAUGGUUGUGUUUUUACACAGUGAUGUUGAAAUAUUGAAUACAUAUUGUUUGCAGACUUUAGGGUACCAUUAUGACCCAAGUCUUUCCCAAAAGUCCAAGAAAAGAAAGAAGCCAGAACAAGAUUUGUCUACCUUGCUAGAAUCAACCACCACUGAUGUAAGUAUCUCUUAUCUAGUUUUUUUACCAUUAUGAUUACUUUGGUAUGUAUCAAUUAUGUAGCAUGAUCUUGAGCAUGAAUUUUGAUUAUCUUGAGCUAGACUUCACAAUUCAUUAUGUUUAAUUUUUUUGAGCAAAUGUAAAUGUUAAUGCAUGACAUAUUUGUAAAACACAUAAAUAGUCCAAAACUUUUUUGUUGUAUUUCUGGGAGACCAUAGUAGCUUAUCCUUUUAAACAUUCAAACAUUUUUUUAUCACAGAAGUAUUCAGUAAUUUGAAUCUAUUAUCAAUUUUUUUUGGUACACAUGGUUUUACUGUUCUGUUUCUAUGCCAACUCAACUAUUUAUGCAACAAGCUUAUAGUAUUUAUUUUUGCUAAGGUUUUUUGAUCAAAAUGUACACUUUCUUGUGUUGUUCUGCAGUUUUUCCUUGUAUAUUUUGUAUUGUUUCAACCUGAAAGCUGUCCUUCCUGUAAUUCUCUUAAUAUCUUAUUUUCCAUCAGAUAAUGGCUACAUAUGCAAAGAAGGUCAAGAAAGGCACCAUCCCACUUAACUUUGUAAGAAUUAGUGGCUUGUAUUUGCCAGGUGAUUUUAUUUUAUAAUUUAUAAAAUGCCACAAAUAAAAUGUCUAGCUAUUCUAUUGGGACUUUGUUGCUAUUUUGUACUUUUCUGUGUUACUACAAAAUUUAACAGUGUAGUCGAGGACUGCUGUCUUGUGGUGAAAUCAUGGAUGGCUUAAAUUAAAUGAUGAUAAAACAGAGGCCAUCAUUUGUGGUUCUGAUGCCAAUAUUCGGAAGGUUGCUAUUUAAUCAAUAAAAGUUGCUUCUGUGAUCACCUUGUCCAACACGGUUAGAGACCUUGGCUUCUACACUGACAGCAAACUUAUUAUCCCUCAGUUCUGUGGCCAGGGCUUGUUUUUGUCAUCUUUGCACUCUGGGCCAACUUAAUAAGAGAACAGCUAAGGCCGUAGCAGUAACUCUAAUCCAAUCAAGAUUAGAUUACUGUAACAGUUUUUUGUCAAAACCAAAUUCAGAAGAUACAAAAUACAGCAGCACGCAUUAUAUCGCGUAUAAAGAAAUCUGAUCACAUCACCCCAUUUCUUAAAUAUCUCCAUUGCCUUCCUGUGAGUGAGCACAUUGAAUACAAAAUUAUGUCCUGACAUAUAGCUGUAUUGAAAGCUCUGCACCUGUAUAUCAUCAAAAACUGAUUUCUAAAAAUGUAUCUAUACAGAUCCUGCGCUCUUCAGCACAGUCCUUACUAAGAGUUCCCAUUGUGGAUGGACACAGAAAGAACUCGUAUGGGGUGCUCUUUUGAAGUUUGAAGCUAUUGUGCUUAAAUCAUGGAAAAGUUUGCCGCAAUCCUUGAGGGACAUUGAAAAUGAUAAAAAGUCAAUUAAGAACCAUUUAAUGACUUUUUUCUUUAAAUAGAUUUUAGGACAUCAGAGCGCUGUGAGAAAGCUAAAAUAGCAUGGACACAAGCACUUGAAAGUACCGGUACUCAAUCAUCAUCAUAUAGUUCUAGUCAUAGUUAUAUUUUAAGAUCUUAAAAACAAGAUGAGUGAAUAAAAUUGAAAAUCAGUAGACAUGUUUUAAUCAAUAUUCUGGAAAAUAUGUAUAAAAAUGUAAGUUUAAAAAAAAAAAAUUAGAAACAGUCAUGGUAAUAUCAAAAUGCAUCUUUUCUAAAAUGUUAAAAUCACAUCCUAAAAAAUAUCAAAUUAUUUCCCU